AUGAUACCCUCCCCUUCAUACUCCUUCUCCUCCUCACCGGAGACACCCAUCUUGCUCCUCAAGACCAAAUCCUCUCCGCACGAUGGCUACGAGGAAUUCUUCUCCGCCCAAGGCUUCAACCCCGCCUUCGUCCCCGUCUUGGAGCACCGAUUCAACCAGCCGAACCUGCAUAUCGUGAAACAGCUCUUUGAAUCCGGCAGCCUCUCAGCAGGAUCAGACCGCAAAUACGGUGGUCUGAUAUUCACGAGCCAAAGGGCGGUGGAAGGGUUCGCGCGGCUGAUCAGCACGGAGAUCGAUGAAUCAAUCACAGAACAAGCCUCCCACUCCCUCGUCCUCUACAGCGUCGGCCCCGCAACCUCCCGCUCCCUCACCACCCUCCGCAACUCGCACCUCCCACACGCAACUGUCCAUGGCGCCGACGCCGGCACAGGCGCUGUCCUCGCGCAGACAAUCCUCGAGCACUACAACGCGCUCUACGCAGAUGCAGACGCAGAUACAGGCACAGACACAGACACAGCCCGCAACAAACCCCCCCUCCUCUUCCUUGUCGGCGAAACACACCGCGACAUCAUCCCCAAGACGCUGACGAGCGUGUCCCUGCCGCCGCGCCGCCGCAUCGGCGUCGAUGAGCUCAUUGUCUACGGCACGGGUGUGAUGGAGUCGUUCGAGGGCGAAUUCCGGGCUGCGGUGCGCGAGGGCAAGGUGUGGUUGCGUGGUGCUGCGGGGAAGCACGGGGGGAGGGCGAUGUGGGUGGUUGUGUUCUCGCCGACGGGGUGUGAUGCCAUGCUGAGGGUGUUGGAGGCUGGUGAGGGGGUGGGGGCGCUGCGUGGGGAUGGACGGCGGAUCUUUGUGGCGACGAUUGGGCCGACCACGAGGGAUCAUUUGCGGGAGGUGUAUGGGUUUGAGCCGGAUGUUUGUGCAGAGAGGCCGAGUCCUGAGGGGGUGGCGGCGGGUAUUGAGGCGUUUAUGAGGCGGUGGAAGGGGGAGUGA